AAGGGUCACUGAUGAUCAUAAUUUUAAAUAUAAAUACCUAAACUUAUAUAACCCUUCAUUUUUAAAACCAAUUUAUUAUUUUGAUAAUGUCUCAAUGUAUUUACCGAAAGAGAUAAACCAGAAAAUGAGAGUUUUUGAGAAAUAACCUGUCAGCUGUUGUGAACUUUGUACAGGUCAGGAAAUAGGACAUCAUUUUGACAAAUGCUGACACUGUUGUCUCAGUAUAGACAUUUGAAACAUGUAAAAUAUUUGUAUAGACCGUUGUCAGUGAUGAGCUCUGAAUCUAGAACUGGACCUGACGACGCCAAGAAACCAUUUGUUGAUAGAUUCUUUGACUCUGCAGCUAAUGGAAAUAUUGAAGAACUUACACAUCUACUGAAAGCUACAGUAAUAGUUGAUGAACGAAAUGAUAAUGGGUGGACUGGAUUAAUGCUAGCUUCAAGAUAUGGUCAUGCCAGUGCCAUCAAAAUAUUUUUGGAAAAAGGCUGUGAUGUGAAUCUUGUGAAUAAAACAGGACAAACUGCAUUAGAUAUAGCUCAAUUCUGGGACCAAUCAGAAGCAACUUCUUUAAUCAUGGACUAUGUGAAGCAUGACAACCCAGAUAAACAAUUACGGAAUUUCUUUUCCUAUAACCCAUUACUGAGAUGUGCUGAAAAGAGGAAAGACACAAACUGGUUAGAAAAUAAAAUGAGGGAAGAUUCUACAAAAUAUAUAGCUUUUUGUGAACUUCAACCUUAUGUUUUGUCUCUUCCUGAUAACAAAUGGAAAUACCAAAUUAUUAGAUUCUGUUACAGUGAUAUUCAAUCAUGUAUAAAUGACAAGAAUUUGGUUGUUUUUCUUGGAAUUAAUAAUAAUGGUGAUAAAACUGAGGAACAAGCAGUAUUUGCUAUAGAUAUAUCCGAUGAAAAGAAGCUAAAGACAAUAAAUCCAGAUGGUACUUUAUUACAACCUUUUCCAGGUUCAAUGAUGCUAGAACCAUCUGAGGCAGGCAUUUUAGCAGAGGCUCGUACAAUGUUGGACUGGUUGGACCGAUACAAAUUUUGUGCAACUUGUGGUAGUUCUACAAGUGUUACGGAAGGUGGUCAUAAAAGGGUGUGUGAUAAUAAAGAAUGCAAGACAAAUAAAGGAAUACACAACACCUGUUAUCCAAGAACUGAUCCCUCAGUGAUAAUGUUAGUUAUCUCCCUUGAUGGAAAGAAAUGUCUUCUUGGAAGGGGUAAACGUUUCCCCCCAAAGAUGUACUCAUGUUUAGCAGGAUUCAUGGAACCUGGAGAAACAAUAGAAGACACUUGUAGACGUGAGGUUCAUGAAGAGUCAGGAAUAGAAGUUGGACGUGUUGAUUACCAUUCUAGUCAGCCAUGGCCUUUCCCAGCUUCCUUGAUGCUUGGUUGCUUGGCAUAUGCCAAAACAGAACACCUAAAGGUUGAUGAAGAUGAACUAGAAGAUGCUAGGUGGUUUAGACGUCCAGAACUUGUUCAAAUGUUAACUAGACAGCAUCCUGAAGGACUUUUUGUUCCACCAGAACAAGCUAUAGCUCAUCAAAUUAUCAAAUCUUGGGUUAGAAAGACUACUAAUUCUAAUUUAUAAAUUGGAGAAAAAAAUGUCAGGGACUUAAUAUAUUGCAAUUUUAUUUAUAUAGUUUUCCAUGAAAAUUUAGUAUGUAAAUGAUUUUCUUUAUUUACAUGUAAGCAGAAAUGAACUUUCAUUGAAAAAACAUUUUUUUU